ACGGGCGGGAAGUGUGAAGCUGAGGCUGUGAGAGAGGCGGUCCCGGUGACAGGAGCGGACAUGCCUCAGAUUCAGGUGGCCGGGAUCCCCGUGGACUUCCCGUUCACCCCGUACAAGUGCCAGGAGGAUUAUAUGAGCAAAGUCAUCGAGUGCCUGCAGCAGGGUGUUAAUGGCGUCCUGGAAAGUCCAACGGGCACAGGAAAGACGCUGUGCCUGCUAUGUGCCACGUUGGCAUGGCGUCAGCAUUUCAAGGACAAUAUCACUAUGCAGAAGAUCAAAGAGCGGAUGAAUGGGGGCGAGCUGUUCCCGGACCGCCCAGCGUCAGACUGGGGGAGCGGAGAGGCAAACGCACAGGGCUCAGCAUAUUACAGUGAUAUCCCCAAGAUUAUCUACGCUUCCCGGACACACUCUCAGCUGACACAGGUCAUUAGUGAACUCAAGCAAACCGUGUACAG